AUCUCCCUCCUCCAUCCCACUAGGCGUCCUUUAAGUGGCAGGAUUUACGCCAGGAAUCGUCUGAUCCUUAUUCCAGACGGGAUUCCAUCAUGGAAAUCUCAACAUACUCUCGCUGGCGUUACACAGAGGUCGCCCAGUUUGUGGUGCUGCUCCUUCUGUCUCAAAGUUCACUCUUGUGGGGCAGGAUCCUCCGGAACGGGCACUACCGUAACGGCCUGAGGGGGAUGCCCCUCGGCUUCCACGACCCCGUCUACAUACCGACGUACACCCCCAACGGAGGGAGACGCCACGUCCCGUGGGAGCCAAAUUACCAGGGACCCACCUUUGAUUCCUCGCCUCCCCAGAACGUCACGGCCCUAAAGGAUGACAAUGCUUACCUCCACUGCAUCGUUCACAACAUUGGCAACAAGACGGUGUCGUGGAUCAGAGACGCUGACCUCCACAUCCUGACGGUGGCGCAGUACACCUACACGGCCGACGACCGCUUCGAGGUCAUCCACUCGCCCGACACGAAUGCCCAUUCAUGGAUCCUCAAGAUUAAGUCAGUCCAGCCCAGAGAUUCCGGUCGGUACGAGUGCCAAGUCAAUACCCAUCCCACGGAUCCAAUCACGUUCCCGGUUUACCUCUCCGUCUUUGUGCCAACUGCAAGGAUCAUAGGAUCCCCUGAGCGAUACGUGGACAGAGGGUCGACCAUCAAUCUCACCUGUAUCAUCAACCACAACCCGGAUUCGCCAACAGAGAUCUUCUGGUACCACAAUAACAAGGUCAUCAACUACGACAACCGCGACAGCAGGGUCAGUGUCAUCACGGACAGAGGUCCAGUCACCAAGACCAUCCUUCUGAUCCACGAUGCCCACGACGCUGCCACAGGAACCUACUCCUGCGUUCCUUCGCCCUCGGCCACGGCCUCCGUCAGGAUACACAUCCUGAAUGGCGAGCAGCCGGCAGCAAUGCAGACCAACCAGGCUUCCAUUUUUCGAUCCUCCUCCUCCGUCUCCCAAACCCUGUUGCUCCAACUCGGCCUCUCUAUAUUGCACCUCACCUGGAAUUACCUGCGGCGUCACCUUUAGUUCUAGUGUGAGGGUCUCACGCGCUGUCACAUAUAGCUUUCUAGAGAGUUUUGUAAGUCAAGGG